AGUGAGUCCAGAAGUUUUUCCGCCUUUCUAACUUAUUAAAUUAAAUUACUUUCGCACAUUAUCGUGUUGGUUUCUUUCGGAAAAUGUCUGACGAUAAAAAACGAAAGCUAAAUUCAGCAGCGAAGGUUUCGUCGGUUAAGAAACCGAAACUGGAGGCUAUCAAACCCGACGGCGACGAAGACGAUGUCAAGGACCGCAAACCGAAAGGUCUUCUCUCGGAUCCGGCGCUUCUCAAUCGAUCGAAGCUGUGCCCCUAUCUGGACACAAUCAAUCGACAUCUGCUGGAUUUUGAUUUUGAAAAGCUGUGCUCCGUUUCGCUGACCCGGAUCAACGUCUACGCCUGUUUGGUGUGCGGAAAGUAUUUCCAAGGCAGAGGCACGAAUACGCACGCUUACACGCAUUCAGUGGCCGAGUCGCAUCAUGUGUUUCUGAAUUUGUCGACUUUGAAGUUCUACUGCUUGCCGGACAAUUACGAGAUUAUCGAUUCCUCGCUGGACGAUAUCAAGUAUGUGCUCAAUCCGGUGUUUACAAUGAGGGACAUUCGGAAUUUGGAUAAGGAGGACCAGAAGAUGUCGCGAACAGUAGAUGGAACGCUGUAUUCACCGGGAAUAGUCGGAAUGAACAAUAUUAAGGCGAAUGAUUAUUGUAAUGUUAUUUUGCAAUCGCUGUCCCAUGUGAAACCGAUUCGGGAUUUCUUCCUGAUAGAGAAGAAUUAUGCCAAUAUCAAGCGACCGCCGGGUGAUACGGCAUUCAUGUUGGUUCAGCGAUUCGGCGAGUUAUUGCGAAAGUUUUGGAAUCCUCGAAAUUUCAAGUCCCAUGUUUCACCGCACGAAAUGCUACAGGCGGUGGUACUGUGGAGUAACAAAAAGUUCCAGAUCACGGAACAGGGAGAUCCGAUUGAGUUCCUUUCGUGGUUUUUGCAUAUCUUGCAUAAACAACUGCGCGGCAAUAAACAGCCCAACUCGUCGGUAGUCUAUCGAACAUUUCAGGGUGAAAUGAAGAUCUAUACAAGGAAGCUGCCGCCGACAGAGCUGGACGAUGUCCAGAAGCAGCUGUUGCUGGCGACGGAUGAGUAUCAGGAGAAGGUUGAGACGUCGUCUUUUCUGUACCUUACUUGCGAUCUACCGGCCACGCCGUUGUUCAUCGACGAAUUCAGGGAGAACAUCAUUCCCCAGGUCAAUCUGUACCAACUGCUGGCGAAGUUCAACUCAGUGUCGGAGAAGGAAUACAAGACGUACAAGGAAAAUUUCCUGAAGCGAUUCGAAAUCACUAGAUUGCCGAAGUUCGUCAUUUUGUACAUCAAGCGGUUUACGAAGAAUACUUUUUUCCUGGAAAAGAAUCCGACGAUUGUAAACUUUCCGGUCAAAAACAUCGAUUUCGGUGACAUCCUAACGGAGGAAAACAAGCAGCUGCACAAGCACACCAAGUACAAUCUGGUGGCCAACAUCGUGCACGACGGCGAACCCAAUGCCGGUACCUAUCGGUGUCACAUUCUGCAGAAAAGUACCAACCAGUGGUACGAGAUGCAGGAUUUGCAUGUGACCAGUAUUCUGCCGCAGAUGAUCACGCUGACGGAGGCGUAUAUUCAAAUAUACGAACAGCAGGAGGAUGACGACGACGACGUCGUCGAAGUGAAGCAGCCGUCGUAAGUAGGGAGAGGCGAACGUUGACACCUAUUUAUAGGUGUUUGUGUUAUGAUAGGUAGUGUUUUUUUGAACC